AUGGCCGAGGGAAAGACGCAUCUGUCUAUCGUUAUCUGCGGACAUGUCGAUUCCGGCAAGUCCACCACCACCGGGCGCCUGCUCUUCGAGCUUGGCGGUAUCCCCGAGCGUGAGCUGGAGAAGCUGAAGGAGGAGGCCGCUGCCCUGGGCAAGUCUUCCUUCGCCUUCGCCUUCUACAUGGACAGGCAGAAGGAGGAGCGCGAGCGCGGUGUGACCAUCGCCUGCACCACCAAGGAGUUCUUCACGGAGAAGUGGCACUACACCAUCAUUGAUGCCCCUGGCCACAGGGAUUUCAUCAAGAACAUGAUUUCCGGCGCUGCCCAGGCCGAUGUGUGCCUGUUGAUGGUCCCCGCCGAUGGAAACUUCACCACCGCCAUCCAGAAGGGCGACCACAAGGCCGGUGAGAUCCAGGGCCAGACCCGCCAGCACGCUCGCCUGCUGAACCUGCUGGGUGUCAAGCAGCUGAUCGUGGGUGUCAACAAGAUGGACUCCGAUGUCGCCAAGUACACUGAGGACCGCUACAAGGAGAUUGCCAACGAGAUGCGCCACAUGCUCAUCCGCGUGGGCUGGAAGCCCGACUUCGUCCAGAAGUCCGUCCCCAUUGUCCCCAUCUCCGGGUGGAUGGGCGACAACUUGAUCACCAAGUCCACCAACAUGCCCUGGUGGACUGGCGUGGACGUGGACAUCAUCAAGCGCAAGGUGCAUGUGCACACGCUGCUGGACGCCCUGAACGACAUGGUGGACGUCCCCGAGCGCAAGGCCGAUGCGCCCCUGCGCCUGCCCAUCUCCGGCGCCUACAAGAUCAAGGGCGUGGGCGAUGUGCUGGCGGGCCGCGUGGAGCAGGGCAUCGUGAAGCCCGGUGACGAGGUGGUGUUCAUGCCCACCCACACCGCCGCCAACCCCUGCACCGGCAAGGUGUUCACCGUGGAGAUGCACCACAAGCGCGUGGACAAGGCGGGCCCCGGCGACAACGUGGGCAUGAACAUCAAGGGCCUGGACAAGAACAACCUGCCCCGCACCGGCGACGUGAUGGUGCUGAAGUCGGACUCCACCAUGAAGCCCGUGAAGGACUUCACCGCCCAGAUCCAGACCCUGGACAUCCCCGGCGAGGUCAAGGCGGGGUACUCCCCCAUCGGCUUCGUGCGGUGUGGCCGCUCCGCCUGCCGCAUCACCAAGAUCAACUGGAAGGUGGGCAAGGAGACCGGUGGCAAGAAGCUGGAGGAGCCCCACUCCCUGAAGGCCAACGAGAUGGCCGAGGUCGUGUUCGAGCCCUGCCAGCCCCUGGUGGUGGACUCCUUCAAGAACUGCGAGGGCCUGUCCCGCAUUGCGUUCCUGGAUGGAAACACCGCCGUCAUGCUCGGCAAGGUGGUGGCCACCAGUGCCAAGUAG